AUGCAGUUGGCUUUGCGUGCGUUCAGUGCCGGACGGUCAGUGCGGGGCCGACCGAAGUCUGGCCGCACGUGUGCCCCCGGCAUUGUGGUCGAUUGCCGUUCAUUUCCUUGUGCGACCGGACAGGACAGGCAGUGCACCGUUUUGCCAUGGACCACCACCGCGAAGUUCUUGUCGUUCAACAACUGGAAACCGAUCGAAAGCGAAACGGAUGUUCGUCGUUGGUCGUGUUUCGUUUCGCUCGUCGGAAUGUUGGAACGGUCGCCCUCGAAAAACAUCUGUUGGAUCUUCAUCCGCCCGCCACCCACCGUGUCACACCAUCUGCUCGCCUGGCUGCCCCUGUCUCGUGAUGGGUUUGGGCUGGGUUCUGGUUGAUUUUGUUGUCGCCAUCUGGUUGCGCAAUGCAGCUGUGAUAUGUGCGGGCGAAAAUUUUUGAACACGACGGCGUGGUCGAUGGCGACCGACUCCUACUACUACUCGACUCGUUUCGUACGUACGCGCGAGUCCCGCCGACCCGUCGAACGUGUUUCAGAAACAAACCCGAGAACUAGUGUCGCGGCGUUCUUUCCUCCAGGCUGGUUUCGCGGCGACGGAGGCGGUGCCCGCAACGUCACCGUACUCACCUACCGUACACCUGCCGAUGGUCGACGAACGCCGCGUGUGGUUCGCGAGCAGUGCAUUAACCAAUAUGUGAUAUUACUAUGCCAAAAAUACGAACGGGAGCGGCGGGCUCAAGGAGCAGUGGCCGGUGGCAAGUUUUUGCCAGGCGCCGGGGUGUCGGACAGGACGUCGUCAAUUCGGUCGUUGUUCGGCGUUCGCGUUUACUGGAUUCUGCUGGUGCUGCGGCUCGGUGCAAUGUUCCACUUUUACUACGACGAUGACGGCGCAGUCGAAAUCGGGUGCGAAGCGGGAAAGCUGUAA